AUGGAGAUGGACAAGCUAUGGACGAUCAACAAGAAACUGAUCGACCCUGUGUGUCCGCGCCACACCGCCAUCCUCCUCGCCGCCCGCGUGCCGCUCACCCUCACCAACGGGCCCGAAGCCCCCUUUGUGCGCGUGCUGCCGCGGCACAAGAAGCACCCCCCUGCGGGCAUGAAGGCGACGGUGUUCUCCCGGCGCGUGUGGCUGGAGGGGGCAGACGCACGCGUGAUCAAAGAGGGCGAGGAGGUGACUCUCAUGGACUGGGGGAAUGCCAUUGUGCAGCGCAAGACCAUGCGGGAGGGGGGGGAGGGGGAAGGGGGAGCGAAGGAGGGGGGAGGGGAGGGCGAGGGGGAGGUGGAGGCGAUGGAGGGGGUGCUGCAUCUGGAGGGGUCGGUGAAGACGACAAAGCUGAAGCUGACGUGGCUGGCAGACAGCGAUGAGCUCGUGCCUCUCACCCUCGUGGAGCUGGACUACCUCAUCACCAAGAAGAAGGUGCGCUGGUGGGAUGGUGUGGUGCUGGACUACCUCAUCACCAAGAGGAGAAGGUGUGCCGGUGCUGUGGUUACGAAAGUGUUGGAUGAGGGCGAUGACUUCCUGGCGGCACUCAACCCGCGCACGCGGUGGGAGGAGGCGGCGGUGGGAGACGCCAACAUGCGCAACCUGCAGCGGGGGGACAUCAUACAGCUGGAGCGCAAGGGCUACUACGUCUGUGACCAGCCGCUCGUGAGGCCGCACAAGCCCAUGGUUCUCAUCGCCAUUCCCGAUGGCAGGCAGAGACCCCCUCCUGGUGCAGCUGCUGCUGCUGCCAAGUAG